CAGGCCAUCCACGGCGCCGCGUGCCUGGAGGGCGGCGAGGCCUUCCAGGUGCGCACGCCCAACGAGGAGAGCAGCGGCAACCAGAUCUACGGCUUCCUCCGCUCUGGACGCGAGGCGGCGCGCCGCGGCGGAACGCUGGAGGAGGCGCUCGCGGGCGGCUGCCGCGAGGUGCAGGCGGCCUUCCCCCCGGACCCCCUGGGAGUCCCCCUGCGCUUCGACCUGUGCAACCGGCUGGCGCGAGCCUCCUGCCGGCAGUGGCGGCCCGAGGACAGCCCUGCCGACGACUCGCGCGGGGAGAUGCAGCUGGGGCAGGUCGCGAUGUGGCUGAUCCUGAUGGGCGGCGUACUAUACGCGCGGCAGUGGUGAACACAUGUGUGUCUCGUCCUUGCUCUCGCUCGUGUUCUGGCGCAUGCUUCCUGUGCAUUGCCAGCUACGGCUCAAGCUGCUGCUACUCGCCGCCGCCGUCGUCGUUUUCGGUCCAGUCCUCCUCCUC